AUGGAUAUUGAGAAGAUCGGAUGUAGGUUAGAAGGGAGCGGAUCUGGAUCCGAUAGCGGAGCUUGUCAAGAUCAGAAAGCGGAGAAUGGUGGCGGAUCGACGGGGGUGACGGCGAAGCCGAAGCAUCGGCAUAGUAACUCGAUUGAUGGAUCAGCCAAAAGAAUUCUGGCAAAUCGGCAGUCUGCAGCUCGCUCAAAAGAAAGAAAAGCACGUUAUAUAUCAGAACUUGAGCGGAAAGUUCAAACCCUUCAGACUGAAGCUACAACACUUUCUGCACAACUCACACUCUACCAGAGAGAUACAACAGGGCUUAGUGCAGAGAACGCCGAGCUGAAGAUACGGUUGCAAGCCAUGGAACAACAAGCUCAAUUACGUGAUGCACUGAAUGAAGCACUGAAGCAGGAAGUCGAGAGGCUCAAGAUUGCAACAGGUGAAAUUGUGAACCCUGUCGAAAGCUAUAGAUCAGGACUUCAACAGAUGUCGUUCACCCCAGCAUUCUUCUCUCUUCCUCAGCAACAGAAGUCAGGUCACCACCAAGGACUUGCUCCGAUGCAGCAAACUUUCAAUCAUCAGUCUCAUGCCAGCCUAUCGGAUCACCAGAUGCUCAAUCAUCGCCAUGUUCUUUGCGAUAUAAUGCAGCAGGAUCCUCUCGGCAGAUCACUUCAGGGUCUGGAUAUUAGUAAGGGUUCCAUUGCAGUGAAGUCAGAGAACUCCUCGAUUUCUGCCAGCGAAAGCAGCAGUACUAUGUAACCGGAGCACAUUUAUUCCAUUUUUUUUAUUUCAUUGGUUUGAUUUAGCAGAAGUCAGUUUUUAUUUAUUUGUUGUGUUUGUAAGUUAUUGAGUCUGUUUCUCUAGGGAAGCUCUGAUUUGGUCCUUAAUAUGUAUUAUUUUAUCCCACCCAUUUGUGACCAUUAGAAGAGAGAUGUUCCUCCCAAUUGUAUAACGUUUCAUAUUUAGUUUUUUUAAAGACUUUGUUUGAUUCAUCC